UGCGCGUGUCCGAGUCCAACUAGGAGACCUGACUCGGUUUCUUUCAUUACAAUUUACAGUUACAUGUAACAAAUUCCAGGACGCGGCACUGGCACACAAAGCACAUUUCUCUCACUACAGGGAAACAGAGUUACAUCCCUUCACUGGUCAUCGUCUUCAUCUCCUCAUCGUCGGCGCUAUCACUGCCUUAAUCUUCUUUGCUCUCAUAACCAACAGGCAUUUCCUUUGGCGACUGUCCAUCUCGAUUGCACUGAAUUGGACGACGUUUUCACAUGCUCGUCGUUUUCAGAUUAUUCAAUUCACAGACCAAUAGAUCAUUUUCCAUCACUUUGUAGAUAACCUCAAGCCUUCGAGCUGGAUCCGCUACAAGAGCCCAAGCAAUUGAAGGGUCCCCCUGCCACUGGGAACGGUCAGAUCCGCUACCGAUCGCCAUCUGCGGCUGAUCUUUUUGAAGGGCAGGGCAACAAUUCUCCACCGUCCUAUACCGCCGAUCAACACCUUCCCGAAUUUGAAUCUACCAAAAUGCUCAAGCGCCCAGGUCGCCAAGAGUCUUUCUCGGACAAGAUCUCCAGAUUCCGUGGGGUUUUGUUAGUGGUCUCCGUUCCGCUCCUUCUCAUUACUUUUGUACUCUACUUAAUGCCUGCAAGCUCUUCCAACGAAUUGAUUCAGGAUUAUGCUCUCGCUCAUCGUAAAAUUAACCCCGACCAGAAAUUCUCUGAUUCCUAUGCUGUUAUCUUCGAUGCUGGUAGUUCUGGGAGCCGUGUGCAUGUCUUCCAUUUUGACCACAAUCUAGAUCUUGUUCACAUUGGCCAAGAUCUUGAGCUUUUUGAGCAGAUAAAACCGGGUUUGAGUGCAUACGCUCAGAAUCCCCAGGACGCCGCGGGUUCCCUCAUUUCCCUUUUGGACAAAGCGGAAAGUGUUGUUCCCCGUAACUUACGCCCAAAGACGCCCGUUAAAGUUGGGGCAACGGCAGGUUUGAGGGCUUUGGAAGGAGAUGCUUCUGAUAGGAUCUUGCAAGCAGUUAGGGAUUUGCUUAAGGAAAGAAGCACCCUAAAAUCUGAGGCUGAUGCGGUUACAGUACUGGAUGGAACCCAAGAAGGUGCUUAUCAAUGGGUGACUAUUAACUAUCUUCUGGGAAAACUGGGGAAAACAUAUUCAAAGACAGUUGGAGUAGUUGACCUUGGAGGUGGUUCUGUUCAAAUGGCAUAUGCCAUCUCAGACACUGAUGCUUCGAAGUCUCCCAAAGUAGCAGAUGGAGAGGAUCCAUACAUUAAAGAGAUGUUCUUAAGGGGAAGGAAGUAUUACCUCUAUGUUCACAGUUACUUGCGAUAUGGAUUACUAGCCGCUCGUGCAGAGAUUUUGAAGGUUUCUGGAGAUUCUGACAAUCCUUGUAUCUUAUCUGGCUUUGAUGGGUCUUACAACUAUGGAGGAAAGUCGUACAAGGCCUCGGCCUCCCCUACGGGUGCAAGCUUGAAUGAAUGUAAAAGUGUAGUUCAGGCUCUCAAAGUUAAUGAGUCAACAUGCACGCAUAUGAAGUGCACUUUUGGUGGGAUAUGGAAUGGUGGAGGAGGAGAUGGUCAGAAAAAUCUUUUUGUCGCCUCAUUUUUCUUUGAUCGGGCCGCUGAGGCUGGUAUUGCUGAUCCAAACCUACCCGUUGCCAAAGUUCAUCCUGUGGAUUUUGAGGAUGCAGCGAAGCGAGCUUGUGAAACUAAACUUGAGGAUGCUAAAUCCACUUAUCAGAGCGUCGGGGAGGGGAAUCUUCCGUUUAUAUGCAUGGAUCUUGUUUAUCAGUAUACAUUGCUUGUUGAUGGAUUUGGCCUGGAUCCCUGGCAAGAGAUUACCCUGGUGAAGAAAGUAAAAUAUGAGGAUUCUCUCGUUGAAGCAGCAUGGCCGUUAGGCAGCGCUAUAGAAGCCGUAUCGUCACUUUAGAUUACUCGUCCGGAGUCUUGAAGCGCACUUUUAUAUUUCCCACAAGAGUUUGAGGUGAAAUACGGCCAUUUUUGGAUGACCAGACAUUGCAGUCAGGCUGUGCUGGGAUUGGAAUUGGGUGUACAUCUCAGGGACAGGGAAUAAUCGGAGAAGAUAUAUAGCUUCACUAAAUUUCAUUUGUUCUUCACAUAUUAUCAGAUUCGCAGCUCUCGAAAACUGAUUCGAUUCAAUUAGCUCAUAUAUGGUCUUAGGAAUGAGAAGAUAGCAAUACCAUUUCAUUUUUGUUUAUUCAUUAUGGUUUUGAUUCGUGAUAAAAGUCCAUUCCUUUGUUCUUUA